GUGACAGCUUUUCAAUGCUAAAUGUUCUUUGCACAAUGUCAAACUUGAAUUUCUCUCAACUCCUGCUGGCACUGCUUUUAACCAGCAGUUAUGUAUUGGCAUCGGAAAAAUGUAUUUAUUGUCGGGGCAUUAAUUGCCAAAGGACUAGUUACGAGGCGGAUGAUCAGUGUUCGGAUAAAUUGGAUGCCUGUGUGAGUGUUUUUCAAGAUGGAUUUAUUCAGGCUCAAGGAUGUUUGGAAGGUCUAGAGGAUGAUUUAAGAGAAAAAUGUCAGGAGGAUAAUAAGGUACAUGGAACUGACUGCGAGGUCUGUAUAACGGAAAAGUGCAACAAGGUGGCGCCAAAAACAUACAGCUGUCUUCAGUGUAAUAGCGCAGAGGACAUUCAAUGUGCUGAAUCUCCAGAGCUUCUGAAAGCUAUAGAAUGCCUUAUUCCGAGAUCUGGUAGAGGCUUUUGCUUUGCCAGUUUGGAGGGAGAUCUUUUGGAAAGAGGAUGUUCUUUGACCCUUUCAGAUCAAGUAAAUUGCCUGGCCAAUCCAAAUUGUCACUUGUGCGAUCCCUUAGAACAACCCCGAUGCAAUGAUCAACUUAUAAAAGCUGAUGAUUCCUCAACCACUGAAGACCCAGCGGAAUCCACUAGUUCAUCAACUGAGUCUACACCUAGUUCAACAAUAACAACAGAAUCAACAUCGAGUUCUUCAACAAGUUCAUCCACAAGUUCUUCCACAAGUUCUUCUACGAGUUCCUCCACAAGUUCUUCUACAAGUUCUUCAACAAGUUCAUCCACAAGUUCUUCUACAAGUUCUUCAACAAGUUCAUCCACAAAAUCACCAGAAACUACCCAAUCAACCACAGAAACUUCGACAACCGAGGAGAUCCAAACAACAACGGAAACACCCAGUUCGGCAUUUGGUUUACGUGCUUCCAUGUUCCUAAUAUUUACUCAAUUGGCUUUUUGUGUUCACAACGUACUUGAAUAAUACAAAUAAUACCUAAAAAAUUUCCACCACCUUGUCCGGAACGUAAUCUAUGUACGACUAUUAUUAAAGUAAUUUUUAUGACGCGAUCAUACAUUUUUUCCUAUUUGUUCCUAAUAUUUAAUCAAUUGGCUUUUUGUGCUUACAACGUACUUCAAUAAUACAAAUAAUACCUAAAAAAUUCCCACCACCUUGUCCGGAACGGAAUCUAUGUACGACUAUUAUUAAAGAAAUUUUUAUGACGCGAUCAUAAA